AUGGCGUUCCUUAAAGGAAAAAGUCAUAAUACCACAACCAACGAAGACUCUGUAGGAGAAAUCGUCAGCGACAAAAUGGCAAAUUCCCCUAGCAUACCAGACAUGGUACCCAGUCUGAUCGAGAAGAUAUCCUCGUUCAGGGAGCGGUUUAACCCUGAGAAUUCCAUGGAGCGAUUCGACUUGCUCGAUACUGCUCGGUCACUCGUCUAUGCUCUCGAGACACCAAGGGAAGCCAUGCUCAGAUUUUGCUGGUCAGAACCUACUACUCGUGCUGCUAUCGAAAUCGCUGUGGAUCUAGGCAUAUUUAUCAAUCUUUGCAAGGCCCACAAACCUAGGACAGUCAACGAACUAGCCAAGGCAACUGGGGGAGAACAAAAACUUUUGGCACGCAUCUUGAGACACUUAUCUGCUAUGGGGUUGAUCCUCGAAACCGGACCUGAUGAAUACCAACGUACUGGGCUUUCUACUUCGCUAUGCUCAUCAUCUCGCAUCACCGUAGGAGUGCAUGCACUUCCAGCACAUCUCAAGAAGAACAGGUAUCACAGUCCAACCAAUGGUAAUGACUGUGCCUUCCAGCUUGGAUACAAUACCAAAUCCCACUUCUUCGACUUUAUGAAGGUUCACCAAGAGAUUGGCGGCCCAUUCCAUGAGAAUAUGAGCACUUAUAGCCAGGGAAAGCUUAGCUGGUCACACCCAGACUUCUACCCUGUGUCAAGGCUUACAGAUGACGUUAGCAUCGGAGAAAACGAUGUAAUAUUGAUUGAUAUUGGCGGUGGCCAAGGGCACGAUAUCUCUAGAUUUCGUCGCGAUUGGCCAGAUAUACCGGGUCGUCUGAUACUCCAAGAUCUGCCAGGAGUAAUCGCCCAAGCCAAAACCAAGGCGCUGUUACACCCUUCAAUUGAGACUAUGGAGCAUGACUUCUUCACUAAACAACCGAUAAAGGGUGCUCGAGCAUGCUUUAUGCACUUCAUCUUCCACGAUUGGAGUGACAAUGAUUCCCAAAGGAUCCUUAGGAACCUCACACUCGCAAUGAAGCCCAGAUAUAGCAAGCUUCUAAUCCACGACCAUGUCAUCCCUGAAUCAAAGGCCUGUUGGGAGAGCACCAGCCUGGACCUCGUCAUGAUGGCCAACCUUGGGGGGAUUGAGCGCACAGCUGCUGAUUGGUAUAUCCUUCUGGAAUCAGCUGGGCUGAAAAUUGUCAAAAUUUGGACAGCUCAUAGGGGUAUUGAAAGUCUUAUUGAAUGUGAACUCGCCUAA